UCUCUCCCAGACGACUUCAUCGCCACGACAGCUUCCGCGCGGGCGGUCGUCAACAUGAAGUUCUUCAUAGAUAAUCUGCCGGUGCUUUUCCCGUACCCCCGGGUCUAUCCAGAACAAUAUGCCUACAUGUGCGAUCUCAAGCGCACUCUGGAUCAGGGCGGGCAUUGUGUUCUGGAGAUGCCUUCAGGUACAGGUAAAACUGUAUCUUUACUUUCCCUCAUCAUUGCCUAUCAACAAUUUUACCCGGAGAAGCGAAAGCUCAUCUACUGUUCUCGAACCAUGUCCGAGAUCGAGAAGGCACUAGCUGAGCUGAAAGCUCUAAUGAAAUACCGUACGCAAGAGCUGGGAAGAGAGGAGGAGUUUCGCGGGCUGGGCCUUACGAGUCGAAAGAACCUCUGUCUGCACCCGAGUGUUAAGCGUGAAAAAAGUGGCAACGUUGUCGAUGCAAGAUGUCGCAGUCUUACAGCGGGUUUUGUGAAAGAGAAGAAAGAGCGUGGCGAAGAUGUCGACCUAUGUGUGUAUCACGAGAACCUUGACCUUCUCGAGCCACAUAACCUCAUACCCCCUGGUGUUUUCACGUUCGACGGAUUGCUCAAAUAUGGCGAGCAGCAGAAACAAUGCCCUUACUUCACAGCACGUCGAAUGAUGCCUUUCUGCAACGUCAUCAUCUACUCAUACCACUACUUGCUUGACCCCAAGAUCGCCGAUCGCGUAUCGAAGGAGCUAUCGAAAGAUUGCAUCGUUGUUUUUGACGAAGCUCACAACAUCGACAACGUAUGUAUAGAGUCGCUGAGUAUCGAUUUGACAGAGGACGUGCUGCGAAAAGCUACCAAAGGAGUGAAUAAUCUGGACCGAAAGAUCACUGAAAUGAAAACUACCGACGCCGAAAAGCUGCAAAACGAGUACGCCAAAUUAGUUGAAGGGCUGCGCACGGCAGAAGAAGCUCGAACAGAAGACGCUUUUAUGGCCAACCCAGCGCUACCUGACGACCUACUCACCGAGGCAGUACCAGGUAACAUCCGGCGUGCCGAACACUUCGUCGCCUUCCUGAAACGCUUCAUCGAGUAUCUCAAGAUUCGAAUGCGCGUCGUACAAGUUAUCUCCGAAACCCCUCCAUCCUUCUUGGAAUCUCUCAAAAACGCGUCUUUCAUCGAACGGAAGCCGCUACGCUUCUGUGCCGAGCGCUUGACUUCGCUUGUACGCACACUCGAGCUUACAAACAUUGAAGACUACCAGCCUCUUCAAGACGUUGCAACAUUUGCCACCCUCAUCGCAACAUACGAGACUGGCUUCCUGCUCAUCAUCGAACCCUUCGAAUCGGCGACUGCACAAGUACCCAAUCCUGUCCUUCACCUGACCUGCCUCGAUGCUGCCAUCGCCAUCAAGCCCGUCUUCGAACGCUUCUACUCAGUCAUCGUCACUUCUGGAACGAUGUCCCCAUUAGACAUGUACCCUCGGAUGCUCAACUUCAACACUGUCGUGCAAGAGUCGUUCACAAUGACGCUCACGCGCAAGUCUUUUCUUCCUAUGAUCGUCGAUCGUGGCAGCGACCAGAAUCAGAUUACGUCCGGCUUCGAACAUCGAGGCGACAUCCAAGUACAACGUAACUUUGGCAAUUUGUUAAUCGAAUUCUGCAAACUUACACCCGACGGCGUUGUCGUUUUCUUCCCCUCUUAUCUCUACAUGGAGCACAUCAUCUCCGCCUGGCAGGGUAUGGAGAUUCUAGAUACUGUCUGGAAGUACAAGCUCAUCCUCGUUGAAACGCCCGACGCACAGGAAACAGCACUUGCGCUCGAGACCUUCCGCACCGCUUGCAAUAAUGGCCGUGGCGCCGUCUUGCUUUGUGUCGCACGUGGCAAGGUCUCUGAGGGUAUCGAUUUUGACCACCAUUAUGGGCGUACUGUGCUGUGUAUGGGCGUUCCCUUCCAAUACACCGAGUCCCGCAUUCUAAAAGCGCGUCUGGAGUUCUUGCGUGAAACCUACCGUAUCAAGGAACAAGAUUUCCUCUCCUUCGAUGCCAUGCGUCACGCCGCCCAAUGCCUGGGUCGUGUCAUUCGUGGUAAGGACGAUUACGGGAUCAUGGUGUUGGCAGAUAAGCGAUUCAACAAGAAAAUCACUCAGCUGCCAAAGUGGAUACAGCAGGGUCUUGAUCAAAAGAGUACGAAGCUGAGUGUCGAUCAGGCAGUGGGCACCGCAAAGCAGUUCUUGCGCGACAUGAGUGUGCCAUUGAGCAGGCAGCAAGCGGAGGGUUACUCAAGUUGGGGACCUGAGGAGCUGGCAGCGCACCAGAAGAAGAAGGGUGAGCUCGGUAUUAGCGGUACAGAUUACACGGCUUUGCGAGCUCUUGAAGGAAGAGCUGCCAUUGAGGACAUGGAUGAAGAUGAGUUUGGUGGGGGACUGAAAGAGGAUGAAUUUGGCGGGCAGGAUAUGGAUGAAGUCAUGGCUGACCUAUAGAUCUCAGGGUAAACAAAAAGACGGCCAUCUCCAGCGUUCAGGAUGGAGAACUACAACUCGAUAUCUGUUCAUGGGUACGACCGAAAUCCGCUCCAAGGCACUGCGAGCGACCCAGGCCUUGCAAGCUUCCCACCCAGCAUUGACUUAACACGCGCAAAUCCGCUGUCGCCGUCUAUCCCACCCACCGCUUGGAUAGUCGAUAGAGGUCUACCGCAGCCGAUGCUUAUCACUCAUACCAUUAGUAAGAGCAUUAUGUACCAAGCUUUCACUUCUCGAAAAUAUAGAGCGCAAUUCAUGAAUGACAUCA